ACAGAACUCCCACGGACACACCAUGAUAAGGACGCUGCUGUUGUCCACUUUGGUGGCUGGAGCCCUCAGUUGUGGGGACCCCACUUACCCGCCUUAUGUGACUAGGGUGGUUGGAGGUGAAGAAGCGAGGCCCAACAGCUGGCCCUGGCAGGUCUCCCUGCAGUACAGCUCCAAUGGCAAGUGGUACCACACCUGCGGAGGGUCCCUGAUAGCCAACAACUGGGUCCUGACGGCUGCCCACUGCAUCAGCUCCUCCAGGACCUACCGCGUGGGGCUAGGCCGGCACAACCUCUACGUUGCGGAGUCCGGCACGCUGGCCGUCAGUGUCUCUCACAUUGUCGUACACCCGGAUUGGAACUCCAAGCUCUCCGAAGGGAACGACAUUGCCCUGCUCAAACUGGCUAACCCCGUCUCCCUCACCGACAAGAUCCAGCUGGCCUGCCUCCCUCCUGCCGGCACCAUUCUACCCAACAACUACCCCUGCUACGUCACGGGCUGGGGAAGGCUGCAGACCAACGGGGCUCUUCCUGAUGUCCUGCAGCAGGGCCGGUUGCUGGUUGUGGACUAUGCCACCUGCUCCAGCUCUGGCUGGUGGGGCAGCAGCGUGAAAACCAAUAUGAUCUGUGCUGGGGGUGAUGGCGUGAUCUCCAGCUGCAACGGAGACUCCGGUGGGCCGCUGAACUGUCAGGCGUCUGACGGCCGGUGGGAGGUGCAUGGCAUCGUCAGCUUCGGGUACAUCUUAGGCUGCAACUACUACCACAAGCCCUCCGUCUUCACGCGGGUCUCCAACUACAAUGACUGGAUCAAUUCGGUGAUUGCAAAUAACUAACCAAAAGAAGUCUCUGGGACUGUUUCAGACUUGGAAAGGUCACAGAAGGAAAAUAAUAUAUAAUAAAGCGACAACUAUGCAAAUCA